AUGUCACAUCUUAACGAACAGAUUUUAAAAUGCCAAAAUUGUCAUUUACCUCUUCAAAUUGAUACAUCGUUGCUGGAUUUAAGUAUUGCACAAAGAAAUUUAUUGAUAAAUAGUCAUGGAAAUCAAUAUACCUUUAAACCAUCCGGAUUUAAGAUACCAAAUGUUAGAUUGCAGAGAUUGAAUAAAGUUAAAGAUCUGAAGGAUAUCAAAUUUAAAAACCCUUUAUUUGCUGAUUCAUUUGUUGUAUUGAAGAAUGAAAACUUGCAGGACUCAUUGGAUGUUGGAAAAUAUAUAGAAAGUUCUACUUCAAUAGAUAGUGAAUCAGGUAUCAAAGAUACAAGGCUUUUGAAUUCAUUGAAAAUCGGUGAUGCUUCUGGUGAUUACGUAUCACUCUCUGCUCAAGUAAGUUCUUUAACUAAAAUAUUCAAUAUUCUAUCUGAAAAUAGUAAUUUCGAUCAUCCAAUUUGUCAAGAGUGUUGUAAUAUAAUAAUUGAAAAAAUGCAAGGACAGUUUGAUGAAGUUCUGAAGGAAAGGGAUACUUACCAACAAUUUAUCAAACAGAUUGAAGAACAAAAGGGCAACUUUCAAGAGACUUCUUUAACAGAAAAGGAGACAGAGUUUAAAACUUUAUUGGAUGAAAGAGAAAUAUUGCUGAAGCAUUUGCAAGAACUAGAGAAGAAAGAUGAGCAAUUAGAUAAAGAUAUUGGGCUAAUUCAAGAGAUGUUUGAAGGCAAAAAAGUAAAAACCGAAGAGAUAAUGUUGAGGAAUAAUAAUAAAGACCUUGAUAAACUUCGAUUUGAGAAAGAAUUAAGAUCUUUAAACUGCCAAUAUGAGUCCUUAUUACAUAAUCUUGAUCAACUAAGAAAACUUAAUGUAUACAAUGAAACAUUUAAAAUAUCACAUGAAGGACCAUUCGGGACAAUUAAUGGACUGCGACUUGGUGGUUUUGACGAUGUGCCAGUAUCCUGGAAAGAAAUUAAUGCAGCAUUAGGUCAAGUGAUUUUGCUUUUAUACACAAUCUCAACGAGAUUGGAUUUAAAAUUAGAUGGUUAUAAAUUUCAACCAUUGGGCUCAUUCUCAAAAAUUAUGAAAUUCAAUAAAGAAACUGAGGAUUGGUUGAUUUUUGAAGCUUACAGUGAUGAAAGUUUUAAAGUAGGUAAAAUUUUUAGGAGAGAGUCAAAUUUUGAUAAAGCUAUGGAAUGUCUUCUUGCAACAAUACGUCAAUUAGUGGUAAAGCUCGCAACUUUGAAAAAAGUUGAUAACAAUGUAGAUAAUAACUCCACAUCUGAACAAGAUGAAUUAGAGUUGCCUUAUAGCAUUUAUGGGGAUAAGAUAAAUAGUUUAUCCGUGAAAUUAUAUGGAUCGAAUCCUACAUUAGAGUGGACCACGGCUAUGAAGUUACUUUUAACUAAUAUUAAAUGGUUACUAGCAUAUGCCUCUAGUAAGCUAAAUUAA